UUCUUGCUUCGUAAUGAGUGACACUUGCCGGCACUGAAAACGGUGGUUGCUUAGCUUAGAACGGAGCAAAGCAAAGCACGCGCGGUGAAUCAUUACGUCCUUGAACAUAAUGAUUUAAGAAAUCAGGAGUAUUUUCCCGCAGGGUUCGCAUGAAAAUUCUUUUUCUUAUCGGCCGCAAGUGCAUAAAAGAAUAUUUUUCUUUUACACAACUCGUUCGCAGCUACCCUCUGUGGCAUGCGCCACUUCAUCAGAAUAUCAAGAAGAAGAAGAAGAUGGAGGGUAGGAAGGCGUGCGUCGGAUACCGGGCAGCUGUCUGGGAAGAAAAAACAGCAAGCGCGCAAAGAAUUACAAUGCAUCUUUGCCAACGCUUGUGCCGAUCGCGGAAGGUGCUUUACGUUGUUUUCACCCUCGUCUUCCUGUGGCUGAGCGUGAAACUGGAGCUCGCCUUUCUCAAGCGCGUCACCAAGACAAGGCUGUUCUUCCACAAGGGCUACGUCUUGGACACUCCCGGAUGCAGGUUACCGGACUACGACCCAUUCCACUGGACCGUUCGCGCGCGCUACCGGAACCAGUCCGGCGGAGAGGACCUGUGCGACGAGAGCGGAUACCUCGUCACCUUCGCGGAUCGCACGACGCCCGUGCUGAACGAACGGGUCCUGGCGAGCCAGUACAACGCCACGGUCGCCGACGUCACCUGCUUUUACGCCGAGGUAGUCAGGAACACGAGCUCCCCGAUUCCCGACAACACGACGGUAGUUGGACCUUGGAGAACAGUCCAGUUCGGCAGGCCGCUGAGAGGAAGCGAGUACAUUUUGCUGCGAUGCGACCGGGCCGGUGCGGGAACGAUAUUCAGCCGCCACUCGUUGCUGGCUCGGAAGAAGAGGAGCCCGCAGGGACUCGACGAGGGCGCGCGAAGAGAGAGGCUUAACGUGCUCGUGCUGGGCGUCGACUCGGUGUCGCGUCUCGCCACGCUCAGGCACAUGCCCCUCACCAGGCGCUACCUGACGCGCGAGCUGAACGCGUUCGAGUUCGUCGGCUACAGCAAGGUCGGCUUGGCUUCGUUCCACAACCAGCUUCCUCUACUGACCGGCCUCUCGUCGGACGCCAUCGACAGACUGUUCGGAAAGAUGCACUACGACGUUCUACCGCAUCUGAUGUCCGUGUACCGCAAAAGAGGAUUCCGUACGCUGUUUCUGGAAGAAUAUCCAGAUUAUGGCCUCUUCACGUUUCACACACCGUUCGGAUUCAAAAGGGCGCCCACAGACUACUACCCUAGGGCCAUCAUGAAGCAGUUCCCAAGGCCAACGUGUUCUGUUCUGAGGUACGUCCAAGACCUCUUCUCGCUGGACGGCCAGCUCCUUUUUGCCUACGUGUGGCUGACCGACUUAAUGCACGACGACUUCAACGGCGCCGGCCGGCUGGACCUCCCGCUCGAGUCGCUGCUGAGAAACCUGUCGUCGAGCGGAGUUCUACGUCGUACCGCUCUGCUCGUGAUCAGCGACCACGGGCUGCGCUUCGGCGAAACGCGGCGUACCGAGAUCGGACGCAUAGAGGACUACACGCCCUCGUUCUUUCUGGCGCUGCCGGAACGCUUCCUCCGGCAGCACCCAGAAGCCGCGGUCCACCUGCAGGUAAACCAGUGGCGCCUGAUCACGGCGUACGACGUGCACGCGACUCUGCUGACACUCGCAGAGCUUCCACGCUUCGAGCCGGUCGUCACCGACAGCGGCAUCAGCCUGUUCCGGGGGAUCUCGCCCCAGAGGACGUGCGCCGAGGCGGCGGUGCCAGCGGACUUCUGCGCAUGCGUCGAUUCGCACAGCGCGCCCGCCCGGCCGGAAGACGUGAGCCGGUUGGUAGCGGCGACCGUGGCCUACAUCAACGGCGCGGUUAACUCGUCAUUUCCCGGAAAAUGCGUCGAAUGGCGCCUGAGCAGCGUCGAAGAGGCCAGGCUCACGACGGUCAAUGGCACGGAGGGCGGGCAAGAGGUGCGAUUCAGUGUCACGUUCCACACCGAGCCGAACGCCUACUUCGACGUGCACGGUUGGAUCGCGAAUGCAACAAGCGCCUGGGAUCUACAUGUAGAUGACCUGGAUAGGCUAGACGAGUAUAACUACAAGGCCAAAUGCGUUCCUUCCCAGCACACUGCACGCAAGAUGUGUAGGUGCAAAGACUACAACGAUGACGAGCCAUCGUCUUGGUGGGACUUCUUCUUGGACUUCUUUUUCUGACGGCAAAACGUUUCGGAAUUUCGUUAUUGCGCUCUGGUGUUCAAGCAAACUUUUACAACGAGUUUAUGCCGCGGUAUCUUGUUUUUGGAACGUGAGAAUGUGUUCAUGGGCACACUGUCGAUUGCACAACUAAAGUCACCCAGACCAUGUCU